UCAAAACCAAUUCCGAAUACUUAAAACCAAGCCAAUUCAUGCCAGAAUCCAUCCAGAACACAUUUCUAUGUGAGUCGAAACUAUCAGCAAGUAAUCCACAUCUAGCCUUCAACUUUGAUCAUAAUCCUACAAAAUUAAGAACAUUUUUCCAGUUUAAUUCUCCAUAAAUACUCUACUUUGCCAAACUAAUUCGAAUUACCCCCGUAAUUUGCAUCAAUUCUAGCCUGCAAUACUCCUAUUUGGUACACAAAAUUUUCCAGAAAUCAUCGGCAAGUUAUCUCAAAAGAUGGGUGCCGGUAAAACUUCACGAAGAGGUCUCAAGAUAUGCUGCUGCGUUACAGCAAUUUUCAUAGUUAUCGUUGCUAUCGUUCUCAUUACCUUGGCAUUUACGGUUUUCAAGCCAAAGAACCCAGAAAUCACAGUUUACCCUCAAGGCCUCGAGAACAUUGCUUUCGAUUUACAAGGCUUAGCGAUGCUCUCGAACGCAACGGCGAAUGUCACAGUAGGGAUGAUAAUCGCGAUUAACAAUCGUAAUUACGGAAGCUUCAAGUUCAAGAACACGACAGCGUUCGUGACCUAUCGUGGGGGCGUCGUCGCCGAAGUUCCAAUCAUACAAUCGCACGUUCCGGCGCACGGCAAGCUUAACAUCACCACUGAUGCCGAUUUCAUGGUGGACAGAUUGAUUUCAAACCCUUCGUUUUGGGCUGAUGUAAUGGCUGGUUCAGUGAACUUUACAUCAGAAGCGACAGUGCGUGGUAAAAUGACCAUGCUCAAGAUUUUGAAGGUGCAUGCAUCGGUUCCUAGCAGUUGUUACAUCUCCAUUUUUGUCCAAUCUCAAAGUAUCGAGUCCAUAUGCAUGACCAAACUCAAGCUGUAAUUGCCUAAUAUGUUUCUAUACUGUAAUCAUGUUUACUAUGAUUUUGCUGUUAUCCAUUCAAUUAGUUUAGAAUUGUUACUAUAUACUUAAUUUCCAACUUAAUCUCAUUUACUUUCUUUCUAUAGAUAC